AUGUUGUUUUUACCAAGGGUAGUAAAAAGUGAAGCUGCAAAUGACAUAGCGACUUUGGAGACAGAAUUAUUUAGAAAAGUUCGCGAUGAUUUGGAACUCACAGGGAUGCAGAAACUGCGUUAUCGGUUAAGCCAAGAAAGUGUUGAUGAUGAAAUCUUGGUUACAAAGCACGAAUUCAUGCAUGAUAAAUGCUUGAGCCUCACUGACGGUCAAACGGAGUUACGACACACUCUUUGGCAAUGGCUGUAUAGGGCCACCGAAAUGGUCAUGGACGUUGGUCAUAAACUUUGCCCAUCUCCAGUUAUACUUGAAAAGAAAUGCUCUAAAACAAAAAGGCAAAUGGCAGCUGCUGAAGAAUAUCAAACAAUGCUCAGUUUGUUUAACAGCAGAACUAUAACGUUCAGCAGCUCCAAAGACGUUGCGAAGGUGUUCAAAAUUGUUCUUGAAGAGGACAUGAAGAAAUCGACACUAACAAAGGCAAUGAUGAUACGGUUCUGUGACGAAAACGCAGGCCACCUGUCAUUCGCAUUUACUAACUCUGAAGAUUCUUCAAAACCGUUCAUGGGGUCUUUGUCAGCCGACCAGAUCAAAGAUUUCAAACAAGGACUUCCAGAAUUUUUGUUUGACGAAUCAUUCCCAAAACAGUAUGACAAAAUCAUACGGACUGAAAUAGACCGUACUGUCAGCGACUCUUCAGAAUUGAAUGUCACCGCCGUAAGGAAGAAAUCUAUUUUUAACAAUUAUAACACUUUACGAUUACAAAACGACUGUAUUCAAAUAAAAGACAGUGACUCAAUAAGAAUUAAUCCGUUGACUGGUGAACGAGUCUCAGCACUUGACUACGAUUUGUCACCUGGUCUUCCGCAAAUAUCUGAAAUGCCACCUCAAGAGCGUGUAAACUUUGAUUGUUCUGAAGCACCUAAAAGUAACGAUACUGUCACAGAAAACAUACUUGAUAACCUAUGUUCACCAAGUCUCGAAAACCAACAACGAAAAGAUGAGAAAGCCGACACACCACCACCGUACGUUUUGUCGAAUUAG